UUUUGCUCUCCACUCUCCCAUUAUAAGAGCCCCCCUCUUCACUAUCUUCUAUCACAUCUUCACUAGGAACCUUCUUUCCUAUCUAUCUCUUUCUUCUUCUUCUGCUGCUGCUGCCGCCUGCGGAAAGUAUUUCUUUUCUCACCAUGGGAGAAGCAGUGGCAACAAAUGGAUUCUCCAUCAAAGGAAACGGAAUCGGGAAUGGGAAUGGGCACUGUAAUGGAUAUUCUAACGGCCAUGGGCACUGUAUUAAUGGAUAUUCCAACGGAAUCAGUGCGUCGGUAUCCUCCAAUGGAGUGAGUCAUUUGCCAUACUCCAACGGAAACACUGUUCACCACAGCAACAGCAACGGCCACAUUCAUACGUCGCCUUCUUUCGGAGACGGACGGCGCCGCUGCUUUUGGUAUGAAGAAGAAAUUGAAGAUGAUCUCCGAUGGUGUUUCGCUCUUAAUAGGAUUCUUCAUACUGGAGUUAGCGAGUACCAGGAUAUUGCCCUGAUAGACACUCGGCCAUUCGGAAAGGCUCUGGUGAUUGACGGGAAGAUGCAGAGUACGGAAGUGGACGAGUUCAUUUAUCACGAGUCGUUAGUGCAUCCGGCGCUCGUCUAUCACUCUCAGCCAAAAAGUGCUUUUAUAAUGGGAGGCGGCGAAGGCUCGACUGCACGGGAGAUACUGCGCCACAAGUGCGUCAAGAAAGUUGUCAUGUGUGAUAUUGAUAAGGAAGUUGUUGAUUUCUGUAAAAAAUAUCUGGUUGUCAACCGAGAAGCUUUUAGUAAUAGCCGCCUGGAACUAGUUAUAAACGACGCGAGGACUGAACUGCAGAGCAGACAAGAACGAUUUGAUGUGAUAAUAGGAGACCUUGCGGACCCUGUGGAAGGAGGCCCCUGCUAUCAGCUAUAUACAAAAUCUUUCUACGAGCUCGUUAUUAAGCCCAAAUUGAAUCACCAAGGCAUCUUUGUUACUCAGGCGGGCCCUGCUGGCGUGCUAACACACACCCAAGUGUUCUCCUCCAUUUACAAUACAUUGAGACAAGUUUUUAAGCACGUCAUGCCUUACUCUGCUCACGUUCCUUCCUUCGCCGACACGUGGGGAUGGGUCAUGGCAUCAGAUCAUCCCCUCACCUUAGAAGCGGGAGAAAUUGACGACAGAAUAAAGCAGCGCAUAAAGGGAGAGUUGCAGUUUCUUGACGGACAAACUUUCCUUGUGGCUGCCACGUUAAAUAAAAGCGUUCGCAAAUCAUUGUCAAAGGAAACGCACGUGUAUACAGAAGAGACAGCCCGCUUCAUUCACGGGCAUGGGAAGGCAAGCUAUCAGUGAAAAAUUUGGUGAGAAAUAAUAAGAACGCAGAAGAAGAAGUGUACACAUAUGCUUGUAACUCCUCCUCUAACCAUGGAAAUGUAGGCAUUCAUGUCUAACCAUGCGGAAUCUGGAAAUUCAUAUAUUAUCAUCUAAUAUAAUUGUUGUCUUAUAA